AUGGCAGCAUCGUUCCUCGGCCAUGCAUUUGCUAAUAGCUUCGAACAUUUAUUAACUUCAGGAAAUGGCAACUAUAUCCUGCAACUGAACCACACAACUUGUAUCAAACACUUCGUUCCUCGCUUUAUUGAAGGUGCUUUUCAAAUAUUUAACCACUCAUCACACCCUCACUGGCAUUUGUUUGAAAAGUCCAGCACUCGAAUUUCUCGCAGAGAUACAGGCGAUGACCAAGUUCAUGUAUUUGAUGCCUAUGAUUUUGGCAGUUCGUUCAAAGCUAUUAGCGUUCAUUUCAAUCAUUUAAACAUAGUACAAAACCUGUUGACAUCUUUUACAGAUGAUAUCAUUAAAUUCAUUCCUGACGAGGAUAUUGAAUUUGACUUGUCAAGUACAAGUGGUAAAACUAGCAUGCGCUCCAAACGGGUUGAAAGUAAUCAUAGAAGAAAAAGAAUUGGAAAUUUUGAUUUUGACAGCUUUGAACAUGACACCAAUUGCCCGUUCAAGCAUCCUAAUGAUGAACAUACUUCUUCUCAACUCGGAUAUGCUCAUAGCAAUAAAGUUUUAGAUUCUAUUUCAAACAAUUCUGCUCUUAUCAUAAAAAACCAAAGCAGCAAAAAAACCAGUACAAGGAAAGCUCCAACCAGCAAAACAUCAAAGAAUAAGACUAAUAGUAAGAAGAAAUCGACCACGAAAAAGGGCCCUGUAAAAAAAAUGUCAUCAAAUUCCAAAAAGAAACCAGCUUCUUCCAAGAAGGUUUAUUUGAAGCAAACCAAAGCUCAAUGGAAUUUGGCUCGUAUUUCUGAACGUAAACGCUCAUUGUCAAAGCCUUACAUCUAUACUGAUGGCGCUGGUUCUGGCACUUAUGUCUACGUUAUCGAUGACGGCUUGAAUACUGGACAUGUUGAAUUUGGUGGUCGCGCUAAAUGGGGUUGGUCAGCUUACUCAGACACUUCUAAACUUGGAGAAGGCCACGGUACUCAUGUAGCAGGGAUUAUUGGUAGCAAAACAUAUGGUGUCGCUAAGAAAGCAAACCUUAUUGCUGUCCAAGUCCUAAAUGAUGAGGGAGUAGGUUCUGUUUCCAGUUUAUUAGCCGGACUUCAAUGGGUAACGAAGGAUGUUAAAACGCACGCAUUAAAGGGAAAAGCUAUCAUCAAUAUGUCUCUCGGUGUACGUAAAUCCGAGACAUCUAAUACGGCUAUAAAAGCCCUCAACUCGGCUAUCACUGCUGUAGUCGAUGAUGGUGUUCCUUUAAUUGCUGCUGCUGGUAAUUGGAACUCGGACGCUUGUGACGUUCUCCCUGCGAGUAAUCCAAACGUCUUUGCUGUAGCUGCGUCUGAUAAGAAUGACAAAAUGGCAAGCUAUAGCUGUUGGGGCAAAUGCGUUCAAUUACUUGCUCCUGGAGAUAACAUUAAGAGCACUUUCAUAAAAUCCAAAACUUCCACUACCACUAUGUCAGGUACUUCCAUGGCUGCUCCUCAUGUCGCUGGUGUUGCUGCCUUAUUGAUCAAAUCAUUAGACAAUCCUACACCCGCUAAUCUGUAUAAGGAAUUAGUCAAAGAUGCAACACGACAAAUUGUAUCAAGUGUGCGACGUAGUACUCCUAAUCUAUUGUUAUAUAACGGACAAGAACUCACUUCCACUUAA